AUGGAAAUGUUACAGAAUUGGCAAAAUAGAAGAGAUGCCAUUGAAGAAGAAACCAUCGGUCAAGCGAAAAAUCCGAGAUGGUUGAAUUACAAAUCUAAAUUAUUGACGGCCUCUAAUUUUGGAAGAGUAUGCCGUCGUCGAAUUGGUACGCUCUGUGGAAAUGCAGUGAAGUCGUUAGUGUAUCCACGACUGAUUAGUGCACCAGCAGUACAAUAUGGACAGGAAUGCGAAAGAUUCGCACGUGAAGAACUAAGUGUGUGCAUUGGUGUUGAAAUUAAAGAAUGUGGAUUAUUUAUUGAUAGUGCCAUCCCGUUCUUAGGAGCUUCGCCAGAUAGACUUAUAAACGAAGAGGGCAUUGUUGAAAUCAAAUGUCCGAAAACGGCGGAGAAUUUAUUGCCGGAGGAGGCAAUCAAAAGUUUUGCAGUUAUUCGGCGUAAAUUUGCAGACGCAGAAGGAAAUGCACUGAACAGGAACCACUACUAUUACUACCAAAUACAAGGACAAUUACAUGUCACAGGUAGAAAAUAUUGCUUAUUUUGUAUUUGGACCCGAAAAGGGUUAAAGUACAUUAGAGUCGAUAGAGACGAUAACUUCUGGCAAAACAAUAUGGAGCCAAAUUAA